UCUCCUGGAGUGAAAAAUGAAAGUGAAACGAACUUCCACUUCAGACGCGAGGCGUGGGUCUGGUCGCUUCAGGAGGAGAAUUCGUGUCACCAUGUCCUGGUUGGUUCGGGACACACUGUGUCCGGUGGUGGCCUGGCUGUGGCGCCGGACCUUGUUCAUCCGCAGGCUGUUUGCUCCUAUAACCAGGUACCUGCGCUUAGAGACAGGCUGGACGGGGGAGCGCCGCGGCGGAGACGAGCCACAGCUACCCAGCCAACAGGCAGACCUGCUGUGUGAGGCAGGUCUGCAAGAGAGGCCCGAGGAGUGUCAGGGCUCAGAGGGUCAACGUGAGGCCAAGCUGAGGGUCCCCGAAGAAGACCGGGAGCAGGAGGAGGAGCAGGAGGAGCAGCAGGAGGAGCAGGAGGAGCAGGAGGAGCAGGAGGAUGAAGAGUGUGACAGUGAGCAGUACAGAGUUGACAACACGGAUGAGUUGUACUGUGGUUAUGAUUCCACCUGGGAAACAGAGCAGACUGAGGAGAGACCAGCAGCGUCUUCUCAGAUCAGGAUGCAACAUUGGAACCAGGGCAUGUCCUCUUACAAAUUUAGCAGAUUUGAAAAUGCUGCGAGAGACAUGCACAACUACAGGCACGACUACCCUUCUCAGAUCAGGAUGCAGGGCUGGAACCAGAACAUGGCCUCUGAUGACAAUCCUAAUCUGGAGUUCUACCUUGGAAACAAACCCUCUUUACCUGAUGGUAUCUACAUACAAGAUUUCCAUAGUGAGUGGUUUGGAAACUACAACAAACUGGAGUAUGUACACACUUACAUUCAAUGGUUGUUCCCACUGCAGGAACCAGGCAUGAACCAUGAUGCCAGUAUACUGACAAGAGAAGAAAUUGAGGAUUUUCUCAGAAAUGACACUGCGAAGGAAAAUCUGCUUAAGUCAUAUGAGCUCAUGUUGGACUUCUAUGGCAUCGAGUUGUGUGAUAAGAACAGAGGCCAAGUCAGGAGAGCCUCAAACUGGAAAGACCGAUUCUGCAACCUGAACAAUCGCACUCACAACAACCUGCGCAUCACCCGCAUCCUGAAGUGCCUGGGAACCCUGGGGUUCCGCCAUUACCAAGCCCCCCUGGUCCACUUCUUCCUGAAGGAGACACUCGUCCACGGACAACUUCCAGAUGUCAAAGACAGUGUCCUCAACUACUUUGUGUUUGCCGUGCUCGACAAGAAUCAGCGCAGGAGUCUCAUCAAGUUCGCCUACUUGAAUUAUGACCGUAAAGAUGAGUUUGUGUGGUGCCCAAGGAAAAUACAGAUGAUGUUGUCAGAGUGGUCAGCGUCCAAGUCACAGGAAGGAGUGGAAGGUGAAAAUGAUGUUAAAAUGUUAACAGCGUGAAUCUUCCUCUUUCACUUUUAUAAAAGAAUGUGUGUAGUUCUGAAGUGGAUGUAAGUUUUACACAAAAAAUCAGCUAUGGUGUUCAUUCAGUAUGAUCACAUCCUGUUGUCUGACAAUAAAUACCUUAUAUGAUCA